AUGUAUAUGCCCAGCAAGUACAAGAACACCCAAAAAGGAAAAAAGAAAACAAUUAAAGGAAAACCUGGUAUUCACAAAUUACAAAUCACAUGUAAGAUCGAAAUUUAUAUUCGUUUUAAUAAACAGUCCAAUCAAAAUCAAACGAUCAAAUCAAACCCAACACACAAAACAAGGGAGCACAUUCGAAAUCCAAGAAGAUCCAGAUCAAAACCAGGGGGAAACCUCCAGGAAGGAACCUUGCUUUCAGGUGA